UCGCUGCGGGACUCGGCCUGGCCGGCGGGACCUCCCCGGGCGCGGACGCAGGUGGCCGAGGCGUGGGACCCCCGACGCCCCGCGGAGCUGCGGAGCUCGGCGUGGGGACCCGGGAUCGAUCGCAGCGCCGGCAGCUCCAUGUCUCCGGCCGCCAAGGCCCCGCCGGGUCGGGCAGCGGCAGUCCGGGGCGGCCUGGCGGGCGGCGCGGCGGCGGGGGCUGCAGGCGCCGGGGCUCAGUAGCUGACGGGGUGGGCGCGCGGCCAGGCGCCUCCGCGGCGACCCAACUCCAGCCCCUGCCGGAGUAAGUUGCUGCCCCCGGCGGAGAGGACACUAUGCCCGCGGUCAAGAAGGAGUUCCCGGGCCGCGAGGACCUAGUCCUGGCUCUGGCCACGUUCCACCCGAGCCUGGCCGCGCUGCCGCUACCGCCGCUGCCCGGCUACCUGGCGCCACUGCCCGCGGCCGCGGCCCUCCCCCCGGCCGCCUCGCUGCCCGCCUCGGCCGCCGGCUACGAAGCGCUGCUGGCCCCGCCGCUCCGCCCCCCGCGUGCCUACCUCAGCCUGCCCGGGGCCGCCCCGCACCUCCACCUGCCCAGGGACCCGCGCACCCUCGAGCGCUUCUCGGCCACCGGGGCCGCGGCCCCAGAUUUCCAGCCGCUGCUGGACAACGGCGAGCCCUGCAUCGAGGUGGAGUGCGGCGCCAACCGCGCGCUACUCUACGUGCGCAAACUCUGCCAGGGCAGCAAGGGCCCGUCCAUCCGCCACCGCGGGGAGUGGCUCACGCCCAACGAGUUCCAGUUCGUCAGCGGCCGCGAGACGGCCAAGGACUGGAAGCGCAGCAUCCGCCACAAAGGUGCCGCCGCCCCUCCCUCCGCUCCCGGGACUCCGCUCCCCAACCCGACACCCGUGGGGGCGCAAACUGCCGCGGUCCCUCCCUCGGCUCCCCGGGGACCCGCGGGCCCCGACCCCACGCCUGACCCGACUCGGACACCCAGAACCCUCCAGCUCGGCCAAGGGGGCGCUGCAGCGCGAGGACUCCCCCGCCGCGCGCGCGGUGCCUCGGUGGACACGGGCAGAGCUCCCCCUCGCUGCACCGCCUCCCAGCUUGGGCCACAGCGCUUGGGGUUCGCGGGCCGCCCCUCCGCUCGGAAGGUGUCUGCGAGGUUCCUGGGCCUUAGGCCCGGAAGGAAGUUUACGGGAACUCGAGAGCGCGGGCAGGAGCCCGGGGGAGAGGGCGCAGAGCCCCGGGGUCCGGCGGGAGCGGCGGGGCGCACGUGCGGCCCGGGGCGAGAGACCGGCGGGGGAGGCUGCGGGGCACGCGGGGGCGCGGGGCGGGCGGGGGCUCACGCGGAGCCAGAGCGGCGGCGCCAGGACCGGGCGCAGCCUGUUUGGGCGCCUACGGGCGCAUGGCCCCAAGGGUGCGACGCGGGGGCGCCGGAGCGUGGACCGGAGGGGCGAGGGAAAAGUCUGAAGACGCUUAUGUCCAAGGGGAUCCUGCAGGUGCACCCUCCAAUCUGCGACUGCCCAGGCUGCCGAAUAUCCUCCCCGGUGAACCGGGGGCGGCUGGCGGACAAGAGAACGGUCACCCUGCCUGCUGCCCGGAGCCUGAAGAAGGAGCGGACCCCCAGCUUCUCUGCCAGCGAUGGUGACAGUGAUGGGAGUGGCCCCACCUGUGGGCGGCAGCCGGGCCUGAAGCGGGAAGAUGGCCCGCACAUCCAUAUCAUGAAGAGAAGAGUGCACACCCACUGGGACCUGAACAUCUCCUUCCAAGAGACGUCCUGCAGUGUCCACCGCAGCCGCCACCUCGUUAUGCCCGAGCAUCAGAGCAGCUGUGAAUUCCAGAGAGGCAGCCUGGAGAUUGGCCUGGGACCCGCAGAUAACCUGUUGGGCAAGAGGCUGGGCCACUCCUCCCAUAUCAGCAGUGACUGCUCUUCGGAGAAGAGGGCACGAAGCCAAUCCCCCCAAGCAGAGGCACUGCUGCUGCCCCCGGACCUGGGGCCCACCAUGGCCCCAGACGACCAGUACCGCCGGUUCGUGUCGGCACUGAGCGAGACUGGCACCUUUGACGACCCUCAGCGGCUCUACCACCUGGGCCUCCCCAAUCAUGAUCUCCUGAGGGUCCGGCAGGAGGUGGCAGCUGCAGCUCUGAGGAGCCCCAGUGGCCUGGAAACCCACCUGCCCUCCUCCGCGGCAGCUCAACGUCGGAAGCAGGGCCUGGCUCAGCACCGCGAGGCCGCCGCCCCGUCUUUCUCGGAGAGGGAGCUGCCACAGCCGCCCCCACCCUUGCUGUCGCCGCAGAAUGCCCCUCACAUCGCCCUCGGCCCCCAUCUUAGGCCCCCCUUUCUGGGGGUGCCCUCGGCUCUGUGCCAGACCCCAGGCUACGGCUUCCUGCCCCCCGCCCAGGCGGAGAUGUUCGUCCGGCAGCAGGAGCUCCUGCGGAAGCAGAACCUGGCCCGGCUGGAGCUGCCCGCCGACCUCAUGCGGCAGAAAGACCUGGAGGGCGCGCGCCCGCAGCUGCUGGCGCCCGAGAUGGCCCUGCGCUCCGCCGACGGCGCCGAGGAGCUGCAGCGGCGGGGGGCCCUGCUGGUGCUCAACCACGCCGCGGCGCCGCUGCUGGCCCUGCCCCCCCAGGGGCCCCCGAGCUCAGGACCCCCCACCCUCUCCCGGGACUCGGCCCGGCGAGCCCCCCGGAAAGGGGGUCCCGGCUCUGCCUCGGCCCGGCCCGGCGAGUCCAAGAUGACAGGGGCCAGGUUUUGGGCUCAAGAUGGCUCCGAGGACGAGCCUCCCAAAGACUCGGAUGGAGAGGACCCCGAGACGGCAGCUGCUGGAUGCCGGGAGCCCACUCCGGGCCAAGCUCCGGCUGGAGGGGCCGGCGCUGAGGGGAAGGGGCUUUUCUCAGGGUCCACACUGCCUCCUUCGCUGACCCUGGGCUUCCCCUAUGCCGUCAGCCCCUACUUCCACACAGGAACCGUGGGGGGACUCUCCGUGGAUGGGGAGGAGGCCCCAGCCCCUGAGGACGUCAGCAAGUGGACUGUGGAUGAUGUCUGCAGCUUUGUGGGGGGCCUGUCUGGCUGCGGAGAGUACACGCAGGUCUUCAGGGAGCAGGGGAUCGACGGGGAGACCCUGCCACUGCUGACGGAAGAACAUCUGCUGACCACCAUGGGGCUGAAGCUGGGGCCUGCCCUCAAGAUCCGUGCCCAGGUGGCCAGGCGCCUGGGCCGUGUCUUCUACAUGGCCAGCUUCCCUGUGGCUCUACCACUGCAGCCACCAACCCUGCGGGCCCGGGAGAGGGAACUCAGCACAGGAGAGCAGCCUUUGUCCCCCAUGACCGCCACUUCCCCCUAUGGAGGGGGCCACGCCUCUGCCAGCCGAGCUUCGCCCAAGCAGGAGAAUGGGACCUUGGUCCUGCUUCCAGGGGCCCCUGACCCAACCCAGCCUCUGUGUUGAGGUGGCCAGGGGUGUGGGGGGGCACACCCUACCUCCCGAAGCUUUAUUUCUUUUGGUUUGCGAUGCAAAAAAGAAAAACAGUUUAAGGGAAAAAGUGACUUCAAAGGAAAUGAACAAAUCUCCAAAGACGGGGUAGGGGUGACUGCAGAGCCUGGUGCUAGGGCAGAGAAGUUGGAAGGGGCCUGCAGGCCUCCCCAGGAACUGGUCUGUAUCCUGACAUCAAGGUUAGCUUCCCCCCACUAUGCUGGGAGCAGGAUGACUUAAACAGCACACAGCUGUGGGGCUCUGGCAGGAGGCAGGCCCCAAGGUGUUGGUUCUACCCCUUGGCAGCCACCCAGGAAAUCUGGGCUUUCAUGCUGAAAAAUGAAUAAAGCCUGUCCACCCUC